AUGGAACCCUCUCAAUCUCUGUUUCGUUCAGGUACAAAAGAAGUACCUGCUUUGCAAGGAUCCCAAAGGGUCACCUCUGGCCAUUCUGACACUGAGAACCAACUCUACCCUGUUGUUGAGAACGCCUCACAAUCAGCAGGAGAACAUCUAACCCUCGAUGAUGAUCAAGAUGUGAGCUUUGAUACGCCCCUAAUAAAUAGUCAAACCAGCUCGUCCUUCUCUUCACAAUCUCCAGAAGACAUGCAAGAAGUGGUGAGAAGUAGUGCACCACAGCCUGAAAAGGAGCCUCGGCAAUCCCCUUUGCUGCAGCCCGAGGGCCCUCCAGAAGAACACAGUAGAAAGGAAACGGCAUCACUUCCAUUACAAAUCGUAUCAGCCUCAGAGAUAACAGCACAAUCGAGGCGCAAUUCAUCGUUAAAUAUAGAAAAUCGUCACUUCGUGUAUGGAUCCUCGUCGCAGGAUUAUCCUCGGCGGUCCUCAGAACGACAGUCUCUCGUUUCGGACUCGCUUUACCCCUUGAAAAACGGUAACACUAAUCCAACUAAUCGAUCUCCCGUAGGAUUUCUAAGGUCGCACGAGGAAGAAGUCCCUUCGCAAGGCAGAGGUGCAGGUUACAGUAAUGACAGCGCAAAUGUGAUCAGGACGGACACAACUCCACGGUCAAUUUUGCGUCAGCCUGGGAGUAGUCGGCCACGUAAAAAUUUUCACCGCAUUUCUUUCGCAUCGAUGCGGGAUGAAGUUGUAGAAGAUAGAGAUGAUUACGAUGAAGAGAGUGACUAUGACAUUAGUGAGCCCUCCAUUGGCCACAGUGUCCUAAAGACUAUUCAAAUAUACGGACGGUCCUCGAUUUCGUUUGCGAAUUCACACCCCGUGAUAAACAAUCGAGAUAGUCUGCAGCAGCGGCCACAAGAUACUUUCAGGUCACAGUCCCGUGAAUAUCAACUUAUGGAACAACAUAACGUUUCCAAUAAUAGAAAUGAUGUCAACGAUGACACCGUCGAUGCACAACCUCGCGUAGCGAUGCUCGCUGCCACUCCCCAGGAACCGUUAGGCGAAGGGCCAUCAAGAACGCAGCCUCACUCACACAGGUUUGCUGAGGGCGAUCCCCCACCAGAGGUAGUCAUGACAGACACACAGCGGAGAACCAUCAUUCCAGAGGAAGACUCGUACACUGAAGAAUCAUCAACAUCUGAAGCAUCCCAAAUGGAUAAGCACCAAGGUGAAAUUUCAAGCCAGUCACACUCGCCCCACGUUCAGGCUUCACCAGAAUCUCAACAUCUCUCGAAUAGUCUGAAGAGCCCAUCCCAACGAGAAACUACUCUUGUACAUGAAAAAAGCAUUGACUCAGCACUUGAGGAAUCUUUUUAUUCAGAAGGCAGUAGCACAUCUAGCAACACACCUAUAUUGGUAUCCAUCCCCAACAGUCAUCACGACGCCCUUUUAGAGAAACGAGGCAAUUCACAAGAAGCAGCGUCACUGAACCAUCGCGAUCAUUUCCAACAUUCACAAAAAGGCGUCGGCAAGGAUACUAGCUCAGUUCACUCAGAGUCGGAUAGCAUGGGGCGUGAUUCCAUGCCGAACAUGGAUAGAUCACACUUAACUGAUACGACGAUAACCAAGAAAGUAGGGGAACGCACAGACUCAAAUAGAAUUGAAUCCAAAAUAUCCUCAAAACACAAAGAGUCUACCCCUGUAAAGGUGCUGCAGGAUUAUCGGAGCGAAUCAUUCUCUACUUUACAACCUGCAUACGAGAACCCCGGCGAGGCCAACGCGCUUUGCGAAAAUGGGACGGCUUCUUCUACGAGUGAAGUACCCCGCGUGAUAUCAUCCACGCAUCGACCCCAAUCGCCGCCCAAAAGUUUAGACGUCCUUCGUAGCAAGGGCAAACGUGAAAUCCACCCAUCCUCUGUGAGUUUAAAGCCUGAGCAAUCUGUGCCCACUUAUUCCUAUCCUCGAGAGCACUCAAACCACUCUGCGAAAGGGCAUUCGGCAGAUGACUCGCUUCGUUCUGAUAGUGCCACACCAGGGAUGCCUUCCUCCGAUCCUUCCGGAAGUAGACCGGCAGCAGCACACCGCAACUCCAGCGAAAUCAAGAGGACAAAGAGUCCGUUGACACAUCAGGUGAACAAUAAUAACUCCUAUGGUGCGUUGAUUCAUCCAAAAGAAGAAAAAAUGAAUUCCACUGACGAAUUUUCAAGGAAAUUUAUCCCAGAUUAUGGCUCUUUUAGCCCUGAUCCAGUGUCGAAGAUCGGUGUUUCACAUGAAGUUCGGAAGGGUGAAGCCGCCGCCGUGAAGCCACUCAUCCCUGUUAAUUCCAGCCCUCAACGAGAGAAUACUACUAAACAGAACGCCGCUGUAACUCCCCGGAAGGACUCCAAAGGUGGAAACCCCGACACGUCCUUGUAUCAUGAUGCUGCAGCUCAACCAUCACCGAACCCAGAGCCUUAUGACACUCCUUUGCAGUCGAAAAAGGUGACCAGAAAGAACCUCAUUUUGGUCACACGCCGAAAGCGGAAAAACGGUGACGCGUCUGAUGGCAAUUCUAUCGUAAAAAUGAGUAUUAUUCCCAUACGGCAAGUUGGAGCUGAUCAAGAGAGUGACCGGGCAGGCGCUUUGAAGAAGCUGUUCAAUAGUUUCAUGACCCGCUCGACCUCGAAGUCUAGCAGCGAUCACUCUCACCAUCGAAUCACUGGUAAAACAAAGCACAAAAAGAAAAAGCGAAGGAGUCAAGAUGAUAUCAAGGAUGUGAGCCAAAGGGAGAACCAUUCCAAACCGAAGUUAUUAGGAACUUCCUUGGAGUCUUUUAGCAACCAUUCCUCUGCUUCACCUGCACGAACGAGCGGUACUGGGCCCUCUGAACACGAAGUAAUUAAAUUUUGUUCAGAUGCAAGGGCAAAAGAAUUGGACCCUGUACACUCGGUGCAAGGACGAUUCCUGGAUGAAGAGAAGCCAGACUCCAUAAGAGUCAGUGAAAAGAGCCACACGCGACGGAAGACAAACUCGUCAUUAGCAACGGGUUCUUCUCCUGCACAUAUUGAGCCUGAUGUUAGCCCUGCAAGAAAUGAAAUCCUUAUCGAGGACGAUUUUAUCUCCAUAAUGCAAGAGGAGUCAACGUCUACACAGCAUGAAGGACCAAUUUUGACCCUUCAAAAUGAUUCUGACAUCACAGAAAUGGACCAAAAACAGCGCAAGCGAGCAAUGACCGCGGAUUUACCUAAAAGCAGCACAAAUGGCGCUCAUUAUGAUGCUCAAGAACCAAGUGGGAUCGGGUCCAAUACUCUGAGAAAUCCGCACGUCAGUGCCCAGGAGUCACACAAAACUUCUAAGCAAAUACAGGUUCAGCUGGAAAAGCCCUUUCAGAGCUCUGAAGACGCCAACAUCAGUUAUGCUUUGCAGACUCCGAAGGAAGGUAGUGGAAGAAUAUAUAAUAGAAACACCAGUGAACAUGCGGUUAUGCCCAUUUGGAUUGCCAAACCUGCGAUUCACUUAGUGCAUUUGCCUACGGGGGAAGUAUCAGCUACCGACGAACCGAUGCCCCUUCUCUUCUCCAGAUCACAUGUUGAUUCCGAUGAGACCGAAAAGGGCACUCUUUCGAUUACGAGGGGAAAUUUGGGCGAUAUGGCUUCUCAAAACCCGUUUCAAUUUGUUUUAAGCAAUGGUACCUUCCUCUCUUCGAAGCACGAAAAAAAAAAAAUGUACAAUAAAGAGGUGCUGACUGAAAGUUCUGCUACCUUCGACUCAGUUCAAAAUGUGGAUAAGCAAUCCUGUCAGACCCUUAAAAAGCCCCAAAGUCACGCGCAUGGCCACAGCAACUUAGGGGCGUUUUCCAUUCAUCAAUCCAAUGGGGAGAAAACUCAAGGCACUCAGCACCACAACUCAAAUCGAUGCCGGUCCGUCCAAAACGAAAUAGAUGAUGAUAAAGGUGGCCGACAAGGAGGCGAAGGAAAUACUAACCAUAGCGCGAGGCCUCCUUCCUUGGAAAGCAGUCCAUCUGAUCGGGGACGCGAGAAGCAAUGCGAUAAAUCGUGUAGGAACGUUGACAAUCGAUCUGGAUCAGACCCCACCCCUCUGCUCGGGAAGGAAAGAAGCUUUGAGCAGGAAGACCGACUGAGUAGAACCUCUCCAAGGCGAUCAAUGAAUAGAGAUGUCAACCUUUCACAGGACAGUGAUGCAUCCCAAGUACAGGCCACCAGUGGAUCAUCACUCAUUCGACAGUCAGACGUUCCUGAAGCAGAGCCACCCUUGGGCGUUGUGCAGGCCUCCUCCAAGAGCGGUUCCGAUCAUCGCCACAGGCAUCAUCAUCACCAUCACCGACACCGACAUCACUCUCAUCAUACCCACCGAGAAGACGAAAUAUCCAAAGGAAAAUGGAGAAAGAAGAGUAAGUCUCGGAGCCCCAAUCAACAUCGGCCUCUGGAUCACAAGAGUAGUCAAGAGAGAAUUGAAGACUUAUUCAAAGAGGACUUAGCCACUUCGCUGGAGUAUCAGCUUGGGGUACUAAUGGAAAAGAAACACAAUAAGGAGAAACGAAGGCUCAAGAAGGAACACAAGAAGCAUCGGGAAAUGGAAAAGGGGAUGACAAGAGAUUUUUCUGUAAGUGAAGUAGAAGUUGGUACCAGAAUAUUUGAAGUCCUCCCAUCAACUUCGUAUCAGACGAAAAAUGAUACGCAUAAACUUGUCUCUUAUAUGAGGCCACGCUUUGCUACCCCUAAAGUUAUCGCCGAAGAUGAACAUAGGAACCGAGCUAAUCAACCGCAUGUUAGGCAGAAGAGGACUCAGUCUUUGCCCUCGCAACCCACAAAGAUGCUUAACGACGUCCAUCAGAACUGGCCGGAUACCGCGCGGCAUUCCUUAGACGAUACGAGACACGACCCGGUGGCAUCCUUUUCAAGACGAUCAACAUCGUGGGAUGACUACAAACGAGCUGCGUCCUGCACUGAGAAAUUCAGCGACGGCUACAGUAGGCCUCCUGAGAGCAAUAGCGAUCUUAGUGGGCGUCGUCAAGGCUUGGGCUUCCCAUACGACCCCUUGCGCUCUCUGGAAGGGACGUACGUUCGUAAUAAUAGUAAGGACGUCAAGGAUGUGUUAAAGGACUCAUUUUCCCCAUCGAACAGUUACUUUAAUAGGUCUACUAGUCGAGAUCGAAACCAGCUGGUGUCGCCCUUUGUGCAGGUCGGAAAAAGUUCUUUCGGCAGCAGCUAUCAUAAAGAUGCUGCCGAAAAUAAUUCCUCUUUCGUACAUGAGUUAGUGGACACCCCACCAAGACGCGGUCGUGCCAGUUUUAUCACUCCUAGGAAUGUGCAUCAUGGAGGAAAUAAAAGCGUCUUAGAAAGGGGUUCGAGAGUGGAACGAUAUCUACCCUCUCCCGUAGUUCAAGAAGCGAGUGGAUACGAAACUGAUGGAAGGCCAUUGAUCACAGAAUACGUUGUGAAGGAUCGUCGUGCCGCACGCGAAUUUGUCUACGCCAUGCGGAGAGUGGUAGAUGGGCUCAACUUAUACAAAGUUUUAGUCUAA